AUCAGUUCGCUGCAAUGGACGACGGUGGUGGGGGUGCCACGAUAGGGGAAGACGGUGUCUACUACGCGCGUGUUGGUCGGAGAGAUUGCGUGGUACGGCACGGAACGGCGCGGCACGGAGCGGGAAGGGAAAAGAAUUCUAUAAGCGAGACUGUGCGAGUGUGUAUGGUUGCCGAGAGCCGAGAGAGGCCAAAAAGAUUCAAUAGGCAAGGAAAGAAAAAAUGUGGAGAACACGGAAAGAGUUAUAGUAGACCGGGCGGGACCGUACGAGUUGGAUAAGAGAAGAAAAGAGAGUCUCGGAGAAGAGAGAAACGAGAGAAACAGAGAGAUCUGGAGGAGAAGAGGAACGAUGAAGUGGGGAAUUCGAGUCUGACUGUAUAAGGAGGUGCAUGCAUUUCAAAAGAGCAAUCGUCGUUUUUGAGCCCGAUAGCCCGAAAAUGCAACAUUUUUCAGGACUCGUUCGCGAUAGCGUGCAAAAUACCGAUAAGGAAAAGACUACGACGAUAUCAGACUACUUGCGAUAUCAGAAUUUACAAUGGAUAUGAAAAGAUUGCAAACUGCAUUACAAGAAAUUUGUCAGAAACAUAUUUUUGCGAGGAUAUAUUCGAGUUGUAAAGAAGAUUAAAUUCAUGGAGUUGUUAUAUUCAAUUUUGGAGGAUAUCUUUUAUAAGAAAGAUUUUUGCAGUCCGCACCGAAACCGACCCGUGUUGCCGCGCCAAUAUUUAAUGUAAAAUUUUUUGUAAAAGUGAUAAAUUCACUCUUCGAUAUGAAAAUUUCUCGAAAAAAAAAAA